AUGACACAAACAAGAGCUAGAUCGGCAGCAAAUAUGGACAACACCCUUGAGGAAAUAACAGGUAAACUCUUUACCUUAGACGACAAAAUUGAGAAACUUACUGAUAUUGUCGAGAAAUUAGAGAGACAUAUUCAAUGUUGUGAUGACAAACUUAACUUUCUUAUUAAUGAUUGUGCUGAAAAUUUUCACAACAUGGAUUUAUCAAAGAAAAAGGAAAACAUAAAUUACAAAUCUAAUGUGGAUUUCAUUCUACAAAGUAGAUAUGACAACAAUAUCAUUUCUACAAUGUAUCGAGAAAAACGACAAAUGAUUCAAACAUGGAGAAAGAAUCUUAAUGAAAGAAGACAGGCAUAUUGGAACGCCAUUAGAUGUGAAAAUCUCGCUGAUACAUACGAGAAAUGGAGAAAACAAGAAGAUGUUAUUCUUCCGCGGAAAUUCAGGAUUAAAUCAAUCAAUCAGGAACCUGACGAAGAAACAAAAAUUAGGUUAAAUUUAGCCAUCCAGAAAUUUGACGCUGAAAUUACUCUCCUACGAAUUCGCGUCCCGAAGUAUCAAACCAAGUUUGAGGAAUGUGAUUCAAGAAUGGAAAAAGAAAUUUCAGAGAAAACCAACGCAGAUAUGAAAGCCAAACUUCUUGAUCUAUGGAAAACAGAAGUGAAAUAUGAAAUGGAUAAAUCUGCAAUGAUUCUUAAGAGAAAGCAGGAGUGGCUCAAUAAUUAUGAGAAAAAUUACGGGAAAGAAGUGAUGAAAAAUUCCCCCCCAAAACAAAAAAAUCAUAGGAACAAAACCAAUGGAAAUAAAAAUUCCGGAUAUAGGAGGGAAAACCAAUCUUCUUACGCUGAUGCUGUACGUAAUAAUGAACCACAAGGAUUCAAUUUUCGUGCUCAAAAGAACAACUUUUCAAAUGAGAACAGACCAGUUAAUCUUCACAAUAAGAAUAACCAAAUGAGCAAGAAAAACUCAGCAAAUAUGGCGAGAAAUAAGAAUAACCAAAGAAUGACACAACCAAACAAUUUCGGAAUAGGGGAUCGAAAUUGGAAUAAACCCCCUAAAAGAAACCAAGGAUGGCUGAAAAAACAGAACAGUUUACACAAUUCUAAUAGUAAACAAGUAAACCAAACAAGGAAUAAUUCGGAAAAUAAUUUUUUGUGGAAAGGACGCUUCCACAAGGGCCGCCAAAAACCAUUCCGAUUUCUGCAAAUCUAG